AUGGGCAGGGAACCGGCGGAGAGCCCGGAGCUCCCCAAAUCGCGGCGCUGGGAGCGAGCCGGGCUGGUGGCCGAAGGGGCCGCUGGGGCAAGUCCGGGUCCUCGUCGAUGCUCCGGGGAGCUGCCUGCAAAGAACGAGCUCCUUCUGUGCUUGCCAGGCUUGCAGCCGCUUUCGGGAUCGCUCUGUCCGCGGCUGCGCUCCCUCGGGUGCUGGCGCUGCCCCGGGCCGUGGGUGCAGGCAGGCGUUUUGCUGCCGCCGAGUGUCCGCGUGGCUCCAGCCAUCCCCGUCGCUGGCAGUGCGGCCGCGGGGUCUGUCCACCCACACGCGCGUGCUCCCGCGCCCGCUGCCGCCGCCACGCUGGCCGCGGCGGGGAGCCUGGACGUGUGGGUGCCGGAGACGCGGACCUUCAGCCUCGCGGACUACGGCGUCUUCGGGCUGAUGCUGCUGGUCUCCACGGGCAUCGGGCUCUUCCAAGCCCUCUCCCGGGGCGGCCAGAAGACCUCAGACGACUUCUUCAUGGGGGGCCGGGAGAUGUCGGCGCUGCCGGUGGGGCUGUCGCUCUCGGCCAGCUUCAUGUCGGCGGUGCAGGUGCUGGGGGUGCCGGCCGAGGCGUACCGCUACGGCGCCAAGUUCCUCUGGAUGUGCCUGGGGCAGCUGCUCAGCACCCUCCUCACCGCCCUGCUCUUCCUGCCCGUCUUCCACCGCCUGGGGCUCACCAGCACCUACGAGUACCUGGAGCGGCGCUUCAGCAGGAGCGUCCGGCUGUGCGGCACCGGGCAGUACGUGGCGGCCACGAUGCUCUACACCGGGAUCGUCAUCUACGCCCCCGCGCUGAUCCUCAACCAGGUGACCGGCCUGGACAUCUGGGCCUCGCUGCUCUCCACGGGAGCCGUCUGCACCUUCUACACCACCAUAGGCGGGAUGAAGGCCGUCGUCUGGACCGACGUCUUCCAGGUCUUCGUGAUGCUCGCCGGCUUCGUCGCUGUCAUCGUCCGGGGGAUGCUGCUGGCCGGGGGCCCCGCCAGCGUCCUGGCCAUCGCCACCAACGGCUCCAGGGUUAACCUUGGCGACUUCGACCCGGACCCGCGGAGCCGGUACACCUUCUGGACCUUCCUGCUGGGCGGCACACUGCUCUGGCUCUCCAUGUACGGCGUGAACCAGGCCCAGGUCCAGCGCUACGUGGCCUGCAGGAGCGAGAGGGAGGCGAGGAUCGCACUGCUGGUGAAUCAAGUGGGGCUCUUCGUCAUCGUCUCCAGCGCGGUGGCCUGUGGCGUUGUGAUGUUUGCGCUCUACAAGGACUGCGACCCCCUCCUCGCCGGCUACAUCUCGGCCCCGGACCAGUACAUGCCUUACCUGGUCCUCGACAUCUUCGAGACGUACCCGGGGGUGCCGGGGCUGUUCCUGGCCUGCGCAUACAGCGGGACCCUCAGCACGGCCUCCACCAGCAUCAACGCCAUGGCGGCCGUCACCGUCGAGGACCUCAUCAAGCCCAGGAUGCCCGCGCUGCCGCCGCAGAGGCUGGCCCUCAUCUCCAAGGGGCUGUCGCUGAUCUACGGCACCGCGUGCAUCACGGUGGCAGCGCUGGCCUCCCUGCUCGGCGGCGGCGUGCUGCAGGGCUCCUUCACCGUCAUGGGGGCGAUCAGCGGCCCACUGCUCGGAGCCUUCGUCCUAGGCAUGUUCGUGCCAGCGUGCAACACAGCCGGAGCGUUCGCGGGCCUGAGCGCCGGCUUGGCCCUCUCCUUCUGGGUGGCCGUGGGAGGCACCAUGCAUCCGCCGAGCGCUGCCACCACGGGCGUGCUGCCGGCCUCCGGAGCCCUCUGCCCGCUGCACAACCGCAGCGCCGGCGCCAAUGGCACCAUCCUCCUGGGCCCGCUGCCCCCGCGGGAGCCUCCCCCAGCCCCGGCACGGCCGGCGAUCGUGGGUGACUUCUACGCCGUGUCCUACCUGUACUACGGGGCGCUGGGCACGCUGGCCACCGUGGCCGUGGGGGUGCUGGCCAGCUACCUGGCAGGACGGGCCGAGCGGCCGCCCCCGGGCGUGCUGUGGCGGGACGUGGCGAGGCGGCCGUCCUCGGCGGCUCCGGCGGCGCGGAGGCUGCCCAAGGUCCCCGGGGGCCGCUCCGAGCUCCGCACCGCUGCCGACCGGCUGCUGCAGGAGACCGACAUGUAG